UCGUCAACAGGAGGAGGAAGCUCCGUUUGGCUGAUCAUGAUGAAAAGGGCUUACACAGCGUAAUGAAUAUUUCAAGGAGUUGGGUGGUGACUUGGGAGACACAUUUGCCCACGGCAUUCCUAUUGGUUUAUUGGUGAUGUGAUGACACGGAGGAGUUGGGCUUAACACUUUAUAAAGCUUCUCCGUGCACGGCGAGCCAUUCUUUUAAAGACCACUGUUGCUGAAACUUCGUGUACUGGAAGCAGCCGAGAAACCUCGACCUUACCGUCCAUCAUGAGCGAGAGACAAGGAUCCGGAGCUGCUGCUGGCACCAACAAGACAUCUGGAGGGCAAGAUGCGUCCAAGACAGACGUCCCGGAGGACUUCGACAUCGACAUGGAAGAUCCGGAGACUGAAAAGGCGGCUGUCGCCAUCCAGUCCCAGUUCAGGAAGUUCCAGAAGAAGAAGCGUGAUGAGAAGUCCUAGUGAGCCCCACGCUGCUCUGCCACUGUGUGUGGAGACGGCAGGUGGAAGCGACAGCACAGUGACGAUGGUGUGACAUUUGCAUGUAAACAAAUUCAUACCUGUUGGAACUACAGGGGUUGUGAUGGGGUUGAGGGCGGAGGGAAUGCAAUAGCCUGACGAUCUUAUGACAUGUCUGUGAAUUUUCAUUAUCCUAUUAGUAUAAUUAUUAUUAUUUAUUAUUUGACUGCUGUAUCAAUAGUCAAUAGAAAGGGUUAUAAACAUCUGGUUUCUGCCCUCUUCCAUAUGUCAUGUCAAGUCUAGCUGGUGUUUGUGUUAGAAUAUGUUUUUGUAUUUACCUUAGCCUCAUACUCAGUUCUGCUCCACCCCUCUCUGCACUGCUAAGGAUGACAUUUCCCAAAAAAACACCUGUAUUUGUGUGAGUAGAUGGAGCAAAAGCCGAUGUUAGAGAGAAGGUAGUUUUUAGGAAACCUAGCCUGGAGCUUUCCAUCCUGAACAGAAUAUUUCACCCAGAGGCAUUUUUUCUUACCUGCAUGGUAAUGUCAAGCUGUGUAUCAAUGUACAUUGAAUAAAUAAAGACUCUGUGUGGAACUUG